AUGUCGCCGUCUCCAAUUCGCUACCGAGUGCCUUGGAAGGUUAACAAACGUUCCUCCGAGCCGGAUAGAUGGCUGGACGAAAUGGGCUUUUUCCGAAAGCACACCGCUAGGGAUUCCAGCUGCCUCUUCAGGGCUGUGUCUGAAAAUGUUUAUAAUACGCAGCGCUAUUUCUAUAAAGUGCGUAUUGAUUGCGUUCGAUUCAUGUCUUCUGAGAGGCACCUUUUUGAAGGGUCAUUGACUUGUUCUUUUGAAAAUUAUCUGAAAGAGAUGUCUAAUCCCUCUGAGUGGGGUGGUCUUAUAGAAAUUUCUGCUAUGAGCCAUUUGUAUAGACGUGAUUUUGUUAUUUUUGAAGCAAACAAAGGCCCUCAAACAAAGAUUUGCAAUGGUGCCAAAGACUUACUUGACAAUGGCAUCACACCUUUUCCAUAUAAAGUAGCGAAGGCCUUAGACCCUGAUAUUUAUCGUAAUAUAGAAUUUGAUGUUUGGAGCGAUCUAAGAAGAGAGUUGCGCUAUGGUGCCAGAUAUUCUGAUGGCACUACUUUGCAAGUAGGUGUUAAAUGCCUUUGCAAGUUACAGUCCAAUCAGUCUGUACCAUACCACUGCCACAUUCAGGAAAUGCGACCCGACGGUGGACCUUGUCUUGUUUUCAUUGAGGAGUUGGGAGAGAAACGAGUUGUUAGUUAUGAGCAAUUAGAACCAUUACCGGUUGAUGAGGUUCGCCCCUGGGCCCCACCUUACAGGUUUUCUCGCACUGGCUCUCAAUUCAUGACACUGAGCCAAAUGCUGCAGCAAAUAGGCAAUAUAACCAGAAAGCAAGGCUUAAAAGCGAGGAUUAAGAAAGGUGAUGAAAUAAAAUGCCCCGAGAAAGACUCUCAGAAACAGGCAACAGAUUGGAAAGAUGACAAAAGUGAACCUGAAGCAAUGCAAUAUGAUAACCAGACUAUCAACUACUCUACUUACCAUCAUAUGGAUUUUUUCAAUUUUGAACCAAUGCCAGUUGAAGUGGAAACGCUACCCCUGAUGGUGGACUGCCGGCAGUCGGCGGGCACCCCGGCCCAUGAGAUGCACACCCAGCACCAGCACAACGGAGCACAGCAUGAGAAUCACCACGCGCAGGCUGCGGGCAGUGGUGCUGGUGAUAUGGCUGCGCAAGGUGUAGCUUCCCCAGCAUCGGUGAGAGCCUCCACUCCGGCCACCACUAAUGCCCUCGCUCCAUAUUCGGGCGGCGGGAACCAGGCGGCGGGAGCGGGAGCGGGCGCGGGCGCCAUGGGCGGAGCGGGAGCGGGAGCGGUGGCGGUGGCGGGCGCGUACGCUUGUUCGCCGUACGCGUGCAAGCCGGUGGUGUGGUGCACGCCACAGGCGCACGUGCCGCCGCCGCCGCCGCCCCCGCCCGGCGUCAACCCGCACGCCGUGCGCAGCGUGCACGCCAACGGCUCCGACCUGCCGUUGAACGACAUCCCAACACUACGUUUCUACUACAAUGUGGGCUUAGAGUGUAUUUGGGCGACGUAUGGACCCCCGCCGGUCGUCCCACCGCGCCCUUACAUGGCACGAGAUCUCGCUCAGGAUAUGCAGCAAAUAUCACUGCAUGAACGCCCGGUGAUGAACCAUGGUUCUGGAGAGCAGAACCAUAAGCACAAGCCACCCCAGAACGAUAAGCCUCCACUAAACAAUCAAGGCAAGGGUAACGGGCAGAGACCCCUGUUGGGACCCAGAUUCAAACGGGGCGGCAAUCAAGAUGGCAACCAAAACAGCAACCAUAACCAAAACAAGGGCCAUAACAGUAAUAUGGCCAACAAAGGUCCAAACAACCGCCGCAAUUCCUAUUCGGAUAAUCGCAACCCACCCCAUAUGGGUUACAAUGCCGACGGAGAGUGCAUGAUGGAGCAGCCAGUGAUGACCAUUCCUUACAUUCCAUAUCCACCACCGAUCUACCCGAUCCCGUACUACCCCGUUGAAUCUGAUCCAGCCAUGAUGGGCAUGAUGGGCGGCAUGAGCUUCGUGGGCUACGAGGACGGCGUGGAGUACGGCGCGCCGGUGCAGCACUACUACCCGGCGCCGCACUACCCGCCGCCGCCGCACGUGCAGCACGUGCCGCAGCACGUGGCGCAGCCGCCGCACGCCGCGCUCGCCCCCCACGCCCCCCACGCCCCCCACGCGCCGCUCCAGGCCCACCCGCCGCAGCACCACGCCGACCACAAG